ACAAAAAGAAAUCCUCAAUGAGGCUUUAACAAGAGAAGAUGGAUGAGCCGCUUCUAUCUAACAACAGAACUGCAGAUGGCUCAGGAAAACAGCUCCUGCUCGAGUUCCCGAGCCUCGACAACCCGUUGCAUCCGCUGUGUUCAUCCUUAUCCAGGCAGUCCUCACUUCAAUCAUCCAGCCCUGUUCCCAGGCCAACAUCCCUGUCAACAAUCUCGCCGGCGGCGUCACAAGCCAUGAACUCCAUUAGUGACAUACCUGCUAGACCAAAGAGAGUACAGGGGAGAUCCUACUCUGCACCUUCUAUGUUUACAAAUGUCAAGACUGAUUACCUUGCUCCAGUUAGCCCUGAUCCAGGUGUGUUUGGACCUUCACCUUCAAUAGUGAGGCUGGCUUUUGCAGGUGUUCUCUUCUAUUUCUCAAUUGGUGUUGUGUUCUACAUGUUCAAUAGCCAUAAGUUUGAAGGGAGUUCCACCUAUAGGCUGGUUGAUGCUCUCUAUUUCUGUGUGGUCACCCUCUGCACUAUAGGAUAUGGUGACCUAGUGCCCUGCACUAACUUCACCAAACUGUUCACAUGCAUCUUCAUCUUGAUUGGGUUCGGUUUCAUAGACAUCUUGCUCACAGGCCUAGUCAGUUAUAUCCUGAACAGGCAAGAGUCUCUGCUACUUAACGCCAUGGACGAAAGUAGCCGGAACAUAAUCUUCAUGACCUACGUCGUCGACAUGAGUAAAAGAAGAAUGAGAAUCAGGAUGAGGGUGUGUCUGGCAUUAGCAGUUGUGUUCUUCUGCAUUGCUGUGGGGACAGUAGGGUGCCGGAUUCUGGAGGGACUGACAUGGGUGGACUCAGUUUACCUCUCGAUCACGUCGGUCACCACUGUGGGCUAUGGUGACUAUGCAUUUAGUACCUUGAAGGGUAGGCUGUUUGCAACAGUGUGGCUGUUGGUGAGCACAUUGGCAGUGGCUAGGGCCUUCCUGUAUUUGGCUGAGCUCAGGAUAGACAAAAGGAACAGGACAAUUGCAAAGUGGGUGCUACAGAGGGACAUGACACCAAGUGAUCUGCUUGCGGCAGAUCUGGACAAAAAUGGCUUCAUCAGGUUAGCUCGCUUCUAGUUGAUAAAACCCAUGACGUCCAUCUUCCCUCCUAUCCUGAGGGAUACACUCGGCCUGAUUCCUGCAACAAAGAAAGAGUAUCUGUUGAUCUUGAACUCGCAACAUCUGCUGCCUUCGAUACUUCGACACGUAUGUAUAUAUCUUAUUAUAUUAAUGAUCUAACCAGUGGUAUGCUCAGUUGAAGAUGAUGGGAUUCUUCAUCUCAAGGAUCAUGCUCAAUUAUGCGUCAAGUUCAUUAAGUCUGCCUUUGAAGCUCUUUCUGCCAAGAACAUGCACAAACCAGCACCACUAAUGCAUUACCUAGACAACUUCAGGAAGUUUGUCAUCGAUUCAAUUUGAAGUAAUAGGAUUUUGAACCACCAUCAAUCUUAAUGGCAUGAGUUGAAAGUUGGAUUCUCUUCGAUCAAAUUUGAACGCCAAGAGAUCUUCCUUAAGAUUACUGUGACAAGAGUCCAGAGGACCCAACUGUGGGAUCACAUAAUUAUGCUGCGUCAGUGGCUUUUUUUAUUCAAAAAAUGUUUGUGAUUCAUAUAGAAUUUCUUCAUCCAAAGCCGGUUGGAGAAAUCCACAAAUCCAAAUAGUAUGUAUUCAUAUAUAAGAAAUGUGUUCACCCCUAGCCUUGCUUCAAUGCUGGCCAGAUCAACCACAAAUCUCAAGAUGGAAAACUCCACAAAUUUACAAAUAAGAAUAUGAAAAAACCUUCAUCAAUAUUUUCUUGGUGUAUUCCAAAACGAAAAGAUUUAAAGAUUCUUAUCUCAUUUUCUUUUUAAAGUUAUCCUGAUGAAACUGUCUCGUGUGCAAUGAUUGCAUCUGUACUGAAACUUCGGAGCCCGUGUGAAUUUCCAGACAAACAUGGGAUCAAUAAUUCUGCAUAUUCAAGGUGGGACCAACUUCAAUUAUGGUUUAUUUUUGCCUCCCUGGUUUCAAGGCUGAAACAAAACCAAAAGGAAUGAAACAGCUUUUCUAAUCGUGUUUGAUCUAUCCUACCUCAAAUAUCCCUUCAGAUUUCAGAUCUUGUUUGGCCCAUUAUUUGUCCAGUCAAAAAUUUAUACUGAUAUAUAUAUAUAUAUAUGAUUUUCUUGACAAUAGAUUGACAAAUAAUAAUGUAAAUUAAGAAGAAGAAAAAGGGAAAAUGAAGGGACAACUGGCCAAGGUUAGACUUUUAAUAGAUCAUGCAAUUAUGGGUUUGAAGGUGGCCCAGGUGGGGGCUCUUUUGCACUUUCUCUAGGUCUGAGAAAUUCAGAAUUUUAUAGAAAAGCUCCCAACUUUUGGUAGUAUGACAACAAAUACUAUUAUUUUUUUUGAACUGCCAACUUUGUGUGCAGUUCAGGUGGUUAAAUAAAAGAGUUCGAACAUAAGCGUGCUCUUUUGCUAUUUCAAAAGUUGAUUAUGCUCUAUCCAUUUGAGAAAAAAAAAGCAUAAAAAAAAAGAAGUCUAAAAUCCCCUUCUUUAUCAAUAUUAUGUGGUGCAAAUUUAACAAGUUUUAAUCUUGUCAGUAUUGCAAUCAAACGCUUUUAGUGGUAUCUAAAUUAUGU